GUUUUUCUGAUAUUUAAUUUCAUGCAGCAAAAUCCUUUUAUAUAAUUCCUAAAGAGAAUGUUUUACUAGCUAAUUAUCCGGACGGCUAUAGUAGGUGUUUUUCUAUUUACAUCUUUUCAUGCGCUGCCAUUAGUGAGCCUACAAGACAUGUUAGCGUUAAUCGAACAGAGCAAUUGCCACGAAAGACAUAUUUAACGUACCGAUGAAUGUAGUCACAAGGCGACUACGAACUUGGCAGAUAUCUUCAGGGACAAGCCAGAUCGUGGCACCAAGCUUUCGCGCUAUGCUGAUGCUAAGCUUUGCGUUCAUGUACGCUUCCUCAUCUGUUCGUCCGACCGUGACAAGGUCGUAAUCGACAUAGCUGCUCUUAAUUCCAUUCAAAACAUCCAGUAAAAAGAUUCCGGAUCCGAUAGAUGGAUCUUUGAACGAUCGAAUAGCCGAUGACUUUCCACCUUGCUUGGACAUGUCAUUGGCCCAUCGUACCAUUUCCGCGUCUGUGAUUUCGCGCUUGCCAAGCUUUUGAGCAAGGGAUGACAAAGUAACGGUGAUAUUCUUUCUCAUAAGCUGCCAGACGAGACCGAGUGUUAAAGUUCUUUGGCCAUCGGUGAUAUCUGCACCUUGAAUUCCGACCAAGGAGAACCCAAUCUGCUUGCCUAAUUCGAUAGCGUAAUUGGUGUUUUCAACGGCCUUGAAUCUUGAAACUUCGCCUCCAUGGGCUGGAGGCUUGUUGACAUGACGCCAGUUGACCGAACCCAGGAUGACCUUGUCGUAAGCUUGAAGAAGGAUGUUGCCAUCUCUCAAGUCAUCGAAAAACGACACCACAGCAGGCUGUACGUCCAGACUAUUGAGCCAGAGGGUGAAAACUCUCGCCUCUCGCUCACCUUCUGCGUCGAAAUCUUCAACCUCAAGUUUCUCUUCUUCGGUGAUAGGAUCCAGGGCCGGGUGGUUGUUGAACAAGUUUGCGACGAAGGCGAGGUUCAGUUUGGGGUUUCCAGCUACAAGCGAUGUAGGGCUCAAAAAUUUGCGACAUCCGAGUUUGUCUGCCUCGCAAAGUACCUCUUCAGCUCUCUCAUGUAAGUCGCGUGUUUGCAGAGCAGCCCUAGUGCAUCCAUAUUCGCUGCCAAUUUGAGCUAGUAGGACUGUGUAGUUUUCGCCAUCCUUUACGUCGGAUGAGAAGUUGUUGACGCUAGGUACGAUUAGCUAAGUGAUAAUUAUCAAGGGUAUAUGGAACACAAGGACGUACCGUCUUGCCCAACCUGCGGCCUUGAGGUGGUAGUUGAACCAACGGAGCAGAAUCUGCUCUGGUGGAAGUCUGAGGAACUGUUCCAACGUCUCAUCUUCGUCCAGCAAACGAUAAAGCUCAGGAUGCAAUUUGAUAUCAAUCUUGCUCAGCAGACCGCGACGGAUGAUUUGCCAAAUCAGGCCGAGAAUAAGGUGCUCUCGGACUUCGAUAAUGUCGCCGGCUCCGAUAUUGACCACGGAACAACCAAUGCCUUUGCAGGAUUCGAUAACGAUGUUGUUGUUUUCACUCAUCUGGAAGGCAUUAAGUGCUUUGAUCUUCUUUCCAGGGCGAUUGAGUACACGCUCGUCGAUAGUAUCAGGGACACUGUCGUUGAUGAGCUUGGCGAGGACUAAGCCAUCUUUGCACUCGUCAAACAUUUCGAAUGUGUCGGUGGGAAAAGGUAAACGAGAGCCAAUGUCGACAUCUCCAGCCAGAACCGCAUUGAUAUGGCGAGUAAAUUCCGUUCGUUCGUCUUCGUUAAUAGUGUGUGUGAUGUUUGCACUGGAUCCUUGGACUUGAAUUUUGCCGCCUACACUUGGCUUCGAAGAAUGGCUACCGGUGCGUUGGGAAACAACACUAGGAGGAGCGGGUUUCGUGGUAGCAGAGGGCGCUUGGCUCUGGGGCGCUGGCGCAUCUCGCAGUUUGGCGAUGAGCUACACAUCACCUGUUAGUCAAUAUAACCUAGACGGAACGGGAGGAGACGUACGCCAACAUAGUCUUCCAGCUCUACUCGACGAGAUGAAUCGAGUUCCACUUGUUUGAGGGCCUGUCUAACAACAUCGUAGGGCAAAUUUUCACUCUGCUGCGUUGCCUUGAUCGCGGUGGCCUCGUCGAGGUAGCCUUUAUCAUCAACGUCUAGUCGCUGGAAUGCAUCCGAUAGGGUGAAGAUCUCAUUUUGAGGGAAUUGAGGAAAUUUCCUAUUUAGUUUCAGUAGGUAAGCAAAACAUAUAUAGGUAGACAUUGUGUAUUUCGUAAACCUACCUCUGGAGCUUGAGGACAUUCAUGAUGAGCGCACUGGAUAUCCGUCGAGCGCUGGGGUUACCGUAUGGUAGACGAUUUAGCUAAUGUAAUGGUCCUGAAGAUUGUCGCAAGGCGUUCCCUGUGGUCUUUGACGUAUGAUUAUCCGAUUUAAAAGGAAGCAAGAGACUCUUGAUGGUGCUAAGGGAAAGGAGGCGGCUCCUGUUCUCACGAGGCGGGGUGUGAGGUAGUGGGGCAGGUUUUACGCGCGGCGGAUGAGGGUACGUCACUGUGGCUGUUGGCGAAGUUGGCUUCUACAUCCGGCGACACCGAGUGCCAGGCACCUAGUUGCGCCUCCUCCAGUGUUCUGUACCGUCUGGAAGUGAUAUAUCAGACGGCAAACUAUUUAUAGCUGCCUUUUCUGAAUACGCCUGCUAAUAUGAAUGAAGGACAAUGUAGCUAACUGGUUAGCUUCUUACUGCAGCCUCUCCAAGUUUCGACACUGGUGUGGGGCCAACACUUGCAACCAAUUUUUCUGUCAGCCAAGUCAGUCUCGUGGUGUCGACACUAAACACCGGGACGAACACGCCAGACUCUGAUUUUUUUUUUAAACCAAAGGGGGGAAAUCAAAGAUGGCUAUUUGUAGUGCUUGCGAUCAAAAGCUCUUCUUAGAGAGUGAAGUUGAUAUUGAAGAUGGCAGUGCUGUUUCUAGCGAAGAAAUCCCAGACGAUGUAGAGCUGAUUUGCCAUUGUCACUUUCAUUGGCAAUGUCUAAUGGACGAGGCAUCGUCUGUUGUACAGUCUUUAAAAUGCCCGUCUUGCGAUGUACAUGUAGGGGCAGCGGGCUCUGGAGCAACAGCAAGCUCGUCCAGCAGCACCCCUGAAAUAUAUGUCGAAUACUUAAAUGAAGGUGGCCUUCAAUCUAACCUGCCAUUAUGGGCUUCGUUGAAUGAAGAAGCAUACGUUCAAGAACACCCAGAAGCGUUACCUGCCAGAGCGUUCAGCGUCAUGUGCGCCGAAGGCGACAUUGAUGGCUUAAUCGAGCUUCUAAUCCACGCAGAUUCUGAAGUUGCAGACAUUGGGUCUAUUGUUCGCUAUCAAGACCCGCUGUCUAAUAUGACAAGCGGUCUUCACUUGGCCGUUGAGGGUGGCCACGAAGGGGCUAUCUGGUUGCUUUUAUGGCUUUCUUCGACAUUAACCGAACAUCAAUUCCCUUCACAAGUGCACGAUACAGCAUCUGCUAUGGGGUUAGGUCGCUUACCUACAACGGUAGAGCAAGAUGUUCGUCGUUUACGAAACACAAGCGGCCAAACAGCUGCAAUGCUAGCUUUAGAUCUUGGUCAGCUCUCAAAAGUGCUAGAUAUCACUUUGCUAGAAGCCUGAUUUUAAUAUCUUUAAAAACAGACCAACAUACAUUAAUGUAAUUUCUCCAGUUCUUAUAUUGUGUAUUUCAAUAUCAACUAUCAGACUCUAUUUUCCUGUGUCUUAUUGUUGUAAGUACAUAUAUAGUUAUUGGUAGCGUGCUCGAAGGCCC